AAAUGUAAACUUUAAAUGAAAAUAGUCUAGUUAUUGAGAAUACUCCAUCCAGCUGAAGCUCGUGGGCCGCCGUAGUUUGCAGUGAGGAGUUCCGGUUCUGGACGUCAUGGGAGAUGUUUACCUCAGGACUUACUGAUCGUUUGCUUAGAAACCAUAGGACAUGGCAGCGGUUUUUCUCGUGACCUUGUUUGAGUACUCCCCUUUGUUUUACAUCAGCGUGGUUUCUCUGUGCUUCGUUGUGACAGCCGCCAUGGUGCUCGGCUGGUUUGGCUUUGAUGUCCCAGUGAUCCUCCGCAGUUCUGAUGAGACCGCGUCUGUCCUGCCAACCCCUGAGAAGCAAAUGGUUCGGAUGACCAACCCCUUCAUCCUCGAGAUGGGCUCGGGGCCGGCAUCUGUCGCUGACGGCGUGUCCCUGGCGCCCUGCUGUCUGGUGCCCUGUGUCCUGAGCUGCUUCUGGGGCUGUGAGGUCAGCGCCUUGCAGUCUGCGUUGCAGGCUCACCAGCGCCGCCCGCAGCUCAUCACCCCCACAAGUUUGCAGGAGGAGCUCCGCUACUACCAUUACCACAGCUUCUACAUCGACAGUGCGGACAGAGAGGAAAGGCGCACACAGAUUCCUGCUGACCAGGGGAUUGCAGACUUUGGCCCAUUACCGAGGGAGCGCUACCCUCUCGUGGCUGUGCUGACGCUGGCAGAGCCGGAAGCUACAGGCAUCGUGGCCAGUUUGACAGUUAUUCAUGUUCCUGAUGACAAAUACAGCCUUUCUGCACGGGUUCUCUUCCAGUACCUUCUCACCUCACAUGGGAACAUGUUUGAGUUAAAGCCUCUCUUCAUGUCAGCUGACAGUGGGGGCGUGUCCGAGACUCCCGACUCAGAGCAGAGUACCCAACGAAGUAGAGGGCAGCUGGGUCCGGCGGCAGAGGAAGGGCGACGGGGGGCCGGGCUGGGCCGGGACUGCGUGGUCUGUCAGAAUGCAGCAGUGAACAAAGUGUUGCUGCCCUGCAGACACGCCUGUGUGUGUGACAGCUGUGUGUCACACUUCCAACACUGCCCCAUGUGCAGGGCCUUCAUCCAGGAGUCCUUCACACUGGUACAGGGACCACCUGCACAGCAAUACUGAGCUCUAUUUUACUCAAGAGAACACAUGCAGCAGGAUCGGUACGAUGGCAACCGUCACGCCAAACUGGUUACAGCUGUGGGUUAACCGAUUAUUGGCCGGGUUCCAAUUGGUCUCAGCAACGAGAACAGCGACAAUGGUGCAUCUUAAAAGACUUUACUUUGUUUUGCUUUAUUUGGAGUAUUAAAGCAAAUAAGUGAAGCAUGGACAUUAAGGAAAUAAUGCAAAAAUGCUGUGAGUAAACUGAUGAGUAAAAAAAAAAAAAGGUCAGUCGAUAUUUCAUUUUUGUUGUAUUUGUUGCAGGACAAUGUUGUACAGCACAGUUUUUAAUCUGCAUGUGAACUAGCCACAGUUAGUAGAGUGUGGAUUUGGGAUAUAGAGUACUGCAUUCAUGUAUUUUCUGUGCCAAUGUGAGGGUUUCGGGACAGCGGAUGUCACAUGUGUGCGAUUUUGGGCUAUACAAAAUAGAAUAAAAUCAAUGUAAAAUUGAA